AGGGAGGAGACGCAAAGUUGAUGUCGAACUAUCUUUCCAACCACUUGAUACAAUUUCGAGCAAAUAUCAGGGCUUCCAAGGGAUUCAAAGUCCGACAAAAUGUCCAUCCCUUUGAAAACAAAGAACUCCGUUUUCCGCGGAUUUGCAUUCCUUGUGGAGCAAGUUGCGUGAUGCAGAUUGGUUGUCACCAUUCGUCCAACUCGUAUUGUCCAUCGGAAGGAUAAGGUUACGAGAUCGAUGGAAUGUCGUAUCUCGUCGGCUUGACCUUAGUCUCACACUCUCACUCCCAGCAUCUUCAAAGCCAUGUCAGCUCCCACGCCUAGCGUCCUCGUCGUCGGUGCCACGGGCAAGCAGGGCGGCGCCGUAGUGACAGCGCUUCUCAACCUGCCCGAGCCCCGGCCAAAGAUCCUAGCCCUGACCAGGAACGCCGAGUCCGCCGGCGCCAAGGCCCUCGCCGAAGCCCACCCGGGCGCCAUCGAGCUCGUGCAAGGCGACUCGACGGACCCGGCGCCCAUCUUCGAGACGCGGCCCAAGGGCUCCAUCAGCGGCAUCUUCGUGGUGACCAGCCCGGGCAAGGUGGACGAGGAGAAGCAGGCCAUCCCGCUCAUCGACGCGGCCGUCUCGCACGGGGUCAAGCACGUCGUCUUCUCAAGCGUCGACCGCGGCGGCGACGCCCGCAGCUGGGACAACCCCACCGACGUCAAGCACUUCUACCAGAAACACAACAUCGAGGUGCACGUGCGCGACAAGGCCGCCCGCGAGCCCGGGUCCUUCACCUGGACCGUCCUGCGGCCCGUGGCCUUCCUCGACAACAUGAACCCGGGCAUGUUCUGCUCCAUGUUCACGGCCAUGUGGGCGUCGGCCCUCUCGCCCGCCACGAAGCUGCAGCUCGUCAGCGUGCGGGACAUUGGCGUCUUCGCGGCCAGGGCGCUCGCCAGCCCGGAGGAGUGGGCCGGCCGGGCCGUCGGCCUCGCCGGCGACGCCCUCACCCUCGCCGAGGCCAAGGAGCGGUUCGCAAAGGUCACCGGCAAGGAGCUUCCCCAGAGCUGGACGUUCCUCGGCAAAGCCGUGUUGUGGACGGUCGGCGACCUCGGCGCCAUGUUUGCCUUCUUCGAGAAGGAGGGCUAUGGGGUGGACAUUGCGGCACUGAGGAAGGAGGAGAGCUCGCUGCAGGAUUUUGAGACGUGGUUGAAGCAGAGUAGCAAAUGGAAGGAGUGAUUGGUUGGUUAUCUCGUUGCUCGAAUAUGCGACAUGUGCUUAGGGGAUGGCGUUGGGUGAUCGGAUUGGGCUCCUUUGAUGACGGAUCUAUUUUCUCUGUAUUUUGGUGUCUACUCUCUACGAA